AAGAGGUUUUCGGAACCAGGACACUUUUCAGGGCUCCUGCUCGUUAUUUCCCAGCGGCCUUGGCGAAUCCCAUAAUGAGGCUCAAUUUUAUCAACUGUAAAUGGGGGGCAUGGGCAUUCUUGCCAGGCCGGACCUCCCUUCUGAGCAUUGUUUGUGGGGCUCUACUCGAAAAAUGGAGUCAAUGAUAAUUUGCGAGCCUCAGAGUCACUUGAAAAUGGUGUUAUUGUUAAAAAUGGGAUUACAGCCACCAGGAGAGGCUAGAGUAAGGAUAUUUGGGGUUUGAGAGAGCACAAUUCGGGGUGAUUCUCUUCUCAUUCGUUCGCUGAAUACAUGUUGACUUAGUUUUUUAGGCACUGGGGAUACAUCUGGAGAACUAGCUGUACAAGACCCCUGUCCUCACUAGAGUUGGGGGCUGGGGGGUGAAUAGACAAAGAAAUAAUUCCAGAGAGUCAUAAGUUCUGUGGAAGAAAAGAAGCCAAAUGACCUGCUGAAGAAGACCUGAGGCAUUAAUUUAGAUGGAAUGGUCAGGGUGGCCUCUCUGAGUAAGUGAUGUUUGAACAGAGGAACCCAAGGGAGGAAUGGCAUUCCAGACAGGACAGCCCGUGUAACGGCCCUGGAGGAAGAGCAUUUGAUGUGAUCCAGAACUGGCUGCUUGUGGCUGGAGAGCUGGUUGAAACUAGUAAUUGUCCAUUAUCCCACUCUGUCUCCAGGCCAAAGGCUGUGAAAUAUAGCAACGGUAGUGAGGAACAAAUCUUCAAUAUAAUAAGAAAGUCGAGGAAAAUACAGCCUUCAUAUGAAUUACUGAUGAAUACAUGACUGUGGAGGAGGGCCUCAGAAACUCACUUUACUUCCAGAUUCAAAUCCUUCGUCAGCCUCUUGUAUACAUUUUCAAUUCAUCAAAUAUUUCCUGAGUGCUACGAAUACUCCAGGCACUAUGUGCUAGGCUGGGAAUACAAAAAUGACUAAGACACUGGUCCUCAAACAUGUGAAUAUGAUUGAUUUAUUUUUUUUUUUUUUUGAGAACAGGGUCUCACUCUAUCGCCCAGGCUGGAGUUGAAUAUAAUUCUCUGUGUGUAACACGUACACAGACCUCUCGGCCGGAAUCUCCAGGGAUGACCAGCCCCUCCCCACGCAUCCAGAUAAUCUCCACUGACUCUGCUGUAGCCUCACCUCAGCGCAUUCAGGGCUCUGAACCUGCCUCUGGCCCACUGAGUGUUUUCACCUCUUUGAACAAAGAGAAGAUUGUCACAGACCAGCAGACAGGACAGAAGAUCCAGAUAGUCACCGCAGUGGACGCCUCCGGAUCCCCCAAACAGCAGUUCAUCCUGACCAGCCCAGAUGGAGCUGGAACUGGGAAGGUGAUCCUGGCUUCCCCAGAGACAUCCAGCGCCAAGCAACUCAUAUUCACCACCUCAGACAACCUCGUCCCUGGCAGGAUCCAGAUUGUCACGGAUUCUGCCUCUGUGGAGCGUUUACUGGGGAAGACGGACGUCCAGCGGCCCCAGGUGGUAGAGUACUGUGUGGUCUGUGGCGACAAAGCCUCCGGCCGUCACUAUGGGGCUGUCAGUUGUGAAGGUUGCAAAGGUUUCUUCAAAAGGAGUGUGAGGAAAAAUUUGACCUACAGCUGCCGGAGCAACCAAGACUGCAUCAUCAAUAAACAUCACCGGAACCGCUGUCAGUUUUGCCGGCUGAAAAAAUGCUUAGAGAUGGGCAUGAAAAUGGAAUCUGUACAGAGUGAACGGAAGCCCUUCGAUGUGCAACGGGAGAAACCAAGCAAUUGUGCUGCUUCAACUGAGAAAAUCUAUAUCCGGAAAGACCUGAGAAGUCCCCUGAUAGCCACUCCCACGUUUGUGGCAGACAAAGAUGGAGCAAGACAAACAGGUCUUCUUGAUCCAGGGAUGCUUGUGAACAUCCAGCAGCCUUUGAUACGUGAGGAUGGUACAGUUCUCCUGGCCACGGAUUCCAAGGCUGAAACAAGCCAGGGAGCUCUGGGCACACUGGCAAAUGUAGUGACCUCCCUUGCCAACCUAAGUGAAUCUUUGAACAACGGUGACACUUCAGAAAUCCAGCCAGAGGACCAGUCUGCAAGUGAGAUAACUCGGGCAUUUGAUACCUUAGCUAAAGCACUUAAUACCACAGACAGCUCCUCCUCUCCAAGCUUGGCAGAUGGGAUAGACACCAGUGGAGGAGGGAGCAUCCACGUCAUCAGCAGAGACCAGUCGACACCCAUCAUUGAGGUUGAAGGCCCCCUCCUUUCAGACACACACGUCACAUUUAAGCUAACAAUGCCCAGUCCAAUGCCAGAGUACCUCAACGUGCACUACAUCUGUGAGUCUGCAUCCCGUCUGCUUUUCCUCUCAAUGCACUGGGCUCGGUCAAUCCCAGCCUUUCAGGCACUUGGGCAGGACUGCAACACCAGCCUGGUGCGGGCCUGCUGGAAUGAGCUCUUCACCCUCGGCCUGGCCCAGUGUGCCCAGGUCAUGAGUCUCUCCACCAUCCUGGCUGCCAUCGUCAACCACCUGCAGAACAGCAUCCAGGAAGAUAAACUUUCUGGUGACCGGAUAAAGCAAGUCAUGGAGCACAUCUGGAAGCUGCAGGAGUUCUGUAACAGCAUGGCGAAGCUGGAUAUAGAUGGCUAUGAGUAUGCAUACCUUAAAGCUAUAGUUCUCUUUAGCCCCGAUCAUCCAGGUUUGACCAGCACAAGCCAGAUUGAAAAAUUCCAAGAAAAGGCACAGAUGGAGUUGCAGGACUAUGUUCAGAAAACCUACUCGGAAGACACCUACCGAUUGGCCAGGAUCCUCGUUCGCCUGCCGGCACUCAGGUUGAUGAGCUCCAACAUAACAGAAGAACUUUUUUUUACUGGUCUCAUUGGCAAUGUUUCAAUAGACAGCAUAAUCCCCUACAUCCUCAAGAUGGAGACAGCAGAGUAUAAUGGCCAGAUCACCGGAGCCAGUCUAUAGCGCACACCACACACCUGCCAAGGAGCAACAGAAUCCUCCUGGGACCGUUCACAUACAAAGAAAAGAAAAGUAGUGGUAUUUUGGUAUGUGCAAAUAUUUCUAUAUGUUAGCCAUUUCCUGUCUGGUUUCUCCUUAUCUGUUAAUCCCAGACAAUAGCAAUUAAAAGACUAGUAGGAUCCUUUCCUGACAUAAGAAAUGUUUUAAUGCCUUUUGAUGAAGCAGCAGAUUUUGGAACAAUCGUUUAACUCAAUUUGUAUUUAGAAAUUCUCAAAGGGCAAAAAACAAAAAAAAGGUUUUAUAAUGUCAGAGACUAGUAUUAAAGAAAACUGAAAGAACCUAAGAGAAUAGGAUGUGUGUAUAUAUAUAUAUAUAUAAAAAGUCCUUGGAAUUAUAGAUACUAAUUACCAGGGUAAUAAUAUUAGCACUUUCUAAGCACUUAUCAAUGUGUAAUGUUAGCAACAUCUUGCCUGUGGGCAGGGCAGUUGGAAAACUGUAUAUGUCUUUUGCCGAAAUGCUAAUGAUUUCUGUGAAAACUCACUAGGGUACAGGAGACAAUCAUUUAUGUUUAAGAAAAGAAGGCAUCAUUCCUAAUUGUGUGCACAUGUGGAGUUGAACUGAAUUCUGUGAAUGGAAACGUGGCUCAUUUGCAUCAUGCAGUAAGUGGGAGUGUGGUAGCACAGUCGGUGGUGACCCAGUUCAGAAGCUUCUAGCCAUAGAGCAGACACUUGUCAGCUUCCCUGACUACUUGGUCCUGGUUUCUGAUGGGCAUCUGCAGACUCCUGUAGAACCUGGGGUUCUCCUCUGAUGACUGGUUAUCUGAAUUGGAUGGCAACUAGUCAGACAUUAACUGCCAAAUGAGAUGUACAGUUCCUCCAAGUGAAAACAUCCCCAAGUCACAUCCACCGCUCGUGGCAGGUGGAGCCUUGUGACCAAAAAGCACAAGGUGGGCAUUUUGAGCUCUUGACAGUACUUCCAAUACAAUUGGGGGUGCUUGCGUGUUUGUCCAGAUGGAGGAGUGUGGCCUUGGAGUGUGAGGGUUACCUUCCCAGGGCUUUCCACUCCAAAUGCCCCCUUGAAAAGGGCUUGUGUUUCUGCAGCUCCAUCAGAAAGAACUGAGGCUGGAUUGGGGCUGAGCAGGAGCCUGCUGCCGCUUGGCCAGAGUGGUCAGGGCCUGGUAAAGCUGAAUGGAAGGUUUCAGGACAAUUUCUUCCUGUUGACCUUAAAUACCAGAUAUUUUAAAAAUGUGUGUAGACUCAGCAUCUCUGUUGGCAAGUCUGUUAAUGUUACCAGCACACUGUGCACUUUGGUUCCCCCAGGUGUGUGCUAGCCGACCAUCCCAGAGCAUUUUAAAUGCAGGCUGCUUGCUCCUUAAAAACAACCCUCAAUUUCCAGGGUGAUAGUCUUUCUCCUCAUAAAUUGUAGCAACCAGAGUUUACAGCAAGAACAGAGUAUGUGCUUAAAAGGAAGUUAUGUCUAACUUCAAACACCCAUAAAUUCCCACGGAUGUGAAUAUAUAGCAAGCUUUUCCUGUUUGAGAAUAGUGGCAUGUGGAAGACCAGGUCAAUUGCUUUGUCUUUUGCUUUUUAAAUAGUCCAGAUUAAGAAAAUACACCCUGUUGGGUUAAAUUUGCUUCUCUUGAUUUGUUAAUCCAAUGAUAUCCAAAAAGAUCCCUGGACACUCCCCUGCCUCACAGGUGCUCUGAUCCGGCUCAGGUUGGUGCCACACAUGUGCUCCACAGGGAGCAGUCUGGCCAGCUACAGACGCCCCUGUGGUGCCACACUGGACAGAACGGAAGCUGCUGCAGGCUUAAGGCAGAACAGGAUGCUUGAUCCUGAAGGGUUAGCAGCACUUUAUGCAAGUCAUUGUUAGUAGGGUAGGUGGGAACAGUGUCUCCAACUUCUAAAUUCUUGUUUGGAUUUAAUUAUAUCAUUUUAUAAUUCUUGCCUUGGCAGCAAAUUUUGGAGAGUAGUGGGGGUGGCCAUUAUAAAAUGAUGGAAAGGAUUUAAUUUUGCCAGCUUAAAGUAAUUUUUACUUUUCUAACCCUGAUGUGUUCUCAGUUUCAAAAUUAAGACAAAAAAACCAGCUGAGACAAUGGAAUUAGGGCAGGUUUGUUUCAUUUCUGCUUGUGAGGAUUUUAGUAGCAGGCAUCCUGAAGCUCAGCUGUGCCUCUAACACAGAUUGUUGCCUGCCUUCUGUCGUUUUGAUUGAGAGUGACCAUGAGGGCCAUGUUGCAGUUCCUGGGAAUACAAGCAUGACAGCUUUCAGAUCCCAGUUCAUGGUGUUGGGGAAAAGGUCUCCACCAGCCCCUCCUCUCAUUCCCAGGUCAUUCAGUGGCAGCCAGUAGGCCGCUUAGACUCAGGUUGGAUAAGGAAGUGUUGGGGCUCUAUUGAAACAACCUUGCAGAAAAUGUGAUUUUGCUUGGAAAGGUGCUGAUUCUAACCUGGUCCUGCUCUUUAAGUCCCCUUGCUGGGUGAUGGCUGAUUCCAGGGACUGUUUUGGGCUUUGAACAUCUCUUGGUUGGUUUCUGAGAUCCUCUUGGCCUUACUUUGAAGUGGCUUUUUCUUUAAGGAUCAUGUCCACAUAACCUGAAUUCUUGCUGCUUGAACUCAUUUGAAGCCUUUGACUGCAGGUCCAUUUCAUCUCCUGUCAGGUUGGUUAAGGAAAGUCAGCCAAAGUCAAGAAUUACUUAAAGAGAUGCAAACCAAAUAUUUGGGCUCCAACUUUCACAGGGCUUGUAGCCCUUGUUAGCAGUUUGUGAAACUCUGGGUUUCAUGAAGUGAGACUUGUCCUGUGGCUACUGAACUCCAUGGAGCCACGUUCAUGCUCCCUCUUAUACUGGCCUGGCCGCUCCUCCCUCAGUGAGGAGAGGCAGCUGGCUCAGAGAGGUGGGACAGACACAUGCUGUCAUCAGUUAAGUGGGCUCUUUUCUAGAAGUAUCUCAGAUAAUGUUGGGUUAAGACAGAUAGAUGUUGAAAAUGGUGGAGAUCAUUACACAUUAGCAUAAAACAGGACAGGUAGAGAUUUUUUGAAAGACCAAAUUAGUUGAGCAAGUAAUACUUUUCAAGUUAUUCCUGGAAGGUGUUUUUAAGGAAGUAUGUUACCUACCAUACUCUCCUAAUUUGACAUUUCUGUGUGUCCUGAGGGGUUACAUUAUUUAUUGUCUAACCCUUGCCAUAAGGCUGUGGUUUGAGGUUCUUUUGCUGUUCUGGGCUUUAUAUUUAAUUUCAGGUGUAGUCACUUCUAAGAUGUGUAAUUGCCCUCAAGAGGGACUGAUUUUUAGCUUGUCAUUGUCAGUGUUGAAUGUGGACUCUUCUGAGGCAGUUAGGACACCAGCCAUGGUGUUAACAGUGGAUGCGUUAGGCUCCCUAAUUAAUCUCAAGGCAAUAUCCACGCUACACACAUACUUAGCUGUCGUGUUUGGGGGGAUAGUUACGGCAAGGAGCAAAAAAUUCUAAGGACUCUAGCUCUUUCUAGUGCUUUUACUUUCAUAGUCCUUUGAGGACAUUUCCUGCAGAGCACUCUUGCUCACAGCCCGCCCUCUGCAGGGCUUCCAGCCCCUGGCUGCAAUCAGCAGUUCAUGCCACAUCUGUACAUCCAUGUUCUGGGACCUGAUCUCAUUGGAGUCCAGAAGUUUGUUGCCCACUUUCCAAUGUAAAUGACUUUAUGUGCAAUGGGGUCAUAGGUAACAUUUUAACUCCUCUCUUAGUCCAGGUCAUGGAAAGUCUCAUCAUCUGACAGCCACUUUUCUGCCAGGGAGGGCGGUGCCCAUUGGGCCCUGGGAAUGCCUGAGCCAGCAGAGCAGAUGCCCCACGUGCUUCCUUUAUCCAGCUUCCAUUCUCUCGGUUAUGAGGCUCUUUGACAAUGUCUUAACUUUGAUGUAAGUUUUUAAAGCCAACCCCUCAUCAAGACAGGGUUGGUUUGGGUCUUUUGUACACAGGGUCUGGACCUUCUCAUUGUGUGCCUCCCACCAGCGUGCACUUCGCAUGUCCGGCCCUGGGUCCCUUCAGCAGCAUUGUGCGUGUACAGGUUUCUAGGCUGUAAGACUGAAUGAAUGUACAUGUGUUUAUAUCCUCUAUGUACAGUGUAUAUAGUGUGUGUAUGUGUACAUAGAUGUAUAUUAUGUAUACAGACAUGUAUCCAAACUUUCCUUAUGUUUUAAAGAGAGUUUUUCAUAAAGUUGCUAAUGUAAACUGAUGUGGGUGUUGCAAGGUCCCUUGGCAGGGAAGAUUUGCUGGUGAUUUUCUUCACUCCAUUUUCCUUUGGGUGAGCCUGCCUGGGAAGGGCCAUGAAGUCAGAAUCUCCACUCUGCAGAAGGAAGAAUUCCAGGCAGAAGAGGUUCUGGCAGGGUGACAUUUCCCUAUAUUCUCUAGGUUCAGACAAGAGCCAGGAAGCUGGAAGACAGUUUAUUUUAAUAUCCAAAACUAAGUGGGAAUUUUUAACCUUUUCAUGCACCUAUUCAUGGCCCUACCUGGGAAGGAACUUGGCAGUUGGGUUGAGCCAUCAGCAUUCCCAGCUAUUCAGCUCUGUUGAGUAGCCCAGAGACAGGCGCCACGGUCAGAGAUUCAGAAGGGUCUGUCAGUGAGGCCUGACUCCCAAAGAUGGUAGCAAUUUUCCAGGCUUGCGUUGUGCUCAGUCAGCAAGAUGUGGGGCACUGUCCUAUGACUGAACAAAUAGUAAUUCCCAUCUUUCUAUCGCCAGUUAAAAAUAAACAACCUACCAAGUAUUAUUCUUUAAAACUAAGCAUGGAUGUUGAUGGCUAACUUUUGCGGCAUAUAAGCUACAGAUCUCAAGUUACUUCUCUAACUGUAAGCAUGUAAAUGACUUUAACUCCUUUCUAUAAAUUAUGAUUUUAAAUUUUCAGAUAAGAAUUGCAUUUUAAUAUGGAUAUGUGUGCCCUUAAAAGCUACAGAUACCAAAUUUUCCUUGUCCAGGUCUAUUCAGAUGAAUUUUCCCCCUUAAUCUGGCCUUAAACUGAGACUCGGCCCUUGAGAGCCAGGGCCUGGCCCAGCAGUAGUUGCCCAUACAUAGACCUGGGAAGCAGGGGCCUGUUGGAAGGAAUCACUGGAUUGCUGCAAAAACUCACAUAAUCCACAGGUUACUCUUUUUCUUUUUAAAAUAAGUUAUCAAAAUGUUUUAAAAACACUUUAUGAGACCAUAGUACUCAGUGCCUUUUGUGAGACAGUGGGUCAUUUAGCCUUCAGCUUCCCUGUUUUUGAUGUAGAGAAAGCUUCUAUUUCACUGGCCUCAUCCCACAAGAUUGUGCGACCUUUCCCCGUCAUAGCCUGUCGUGACAAUCACGCUAUUGAAAGUGGCUUUCUAGUUAAAAUGCAAUUGGAAACUUGACAGUCUCUAAAUGAAUUGAAAUAAAAAGUUUCCUUUGGGGCUAUUUAGCUUAACAGCAGUCUACAAAUAAAUUGGUGAGCUUAAGAAAAGUAUCUUUGAGGGGAGAAAAAUGUCAGAUAUUUUUAAUGCCCAGCUAUAAAUAAUUUUGGUGUCUUGAUGUUUAUACAUGCAAAAUAGAAAAAAAUGUUCAACAUUUAUUGAUUGAUAGACUGUUAAAAUUUAAUGUUUGGAAUAACAUUUGGAAGUAGUAGACUUUGCAUUAAAAAAUGGCUUUUCUUUAGGAAAGUAUAAUCAAUUAUUUUCAUGACCAUAGCAUUCAUGGACUCAAAUGCUGCUGCCACACACAACUCAAGUGCUGGAAUAUUUUUCUACAGUCUCUGUUCUACGGAUUAUCUUGUAAACCAGUGUUCAACUAGUUUUAUAACUGAAAAGCUGCACAUUUUUCACAGUACAAGCCGUAGUUUUUACCUGUAGUUUGGACUUCUCUGUUAGAAUGUAACUGCAUUACCAGCCCUUUUAAAGGCAUCUAUCAAAGGAAAACUUGGGUGUUAGAUUUUCUUGGGACCGUUUCUGUAAUCUUUGCCCUUCACAAUAUAGAAAAUAUUGGUUUUGCCAUUACAUUUUAAUGCCAGGUUUAAAACCUGUUGAAAGCUGCAGCUUUAUACAGCUUUCUUCUCCCUGUGAAAUCACUUUGUUUAUGUGAUGGCAUUUAAAAAAUAGCAUGUUCUUUUUAAACUGAAUUUUAUAUCUAAUCAAUGUCUUCAGUCUUGAAGAAGAAUUUGCAUUGUUGUGUUUGUAUAUAGAGUAUUACAGUGCAUGAAUUAGCUUUAUGCAUUUUAUUAAAUGCUGUUUCAAUGUGGCAUUAUUGUUGUGGCUUAAUACUACUACCUAAAUGAGGUUUAUACUAUUAAAAGUGAAUUAAAGACUAA